AUGGAAGUCGAGCUUACAGCCCCUAACGGCAAGAAGUGGACGCAACCACUGGGCCUGUUCAUCAACAACGAGUUUGUCAAGAGCAACAAUGAGCAGAAGUUGGCUUCCAUCAACCCAACUACCGAAGAAGAAAUUUGCUCAGUAUACGCCGCAACCGCCGAGGAUGUCGACGCUGCGGUAUCAGCAGCCCGCAAGGCCUUCAAGCACGAAUCAUGGAAAUCUCUAUCAGGCACUGAGCGCGGCGCCUUGAUGCUCAAGCUGGCCGACCUAGUAGCUCAGAAUGCCGAGAUCUUGGCCACCAUUGAGUGCCUGGACAAUGGCAAGCCGUAUCAGACAGCCCUUACCGAGAACGUGCCCGAAGUGAUCAACGUCCUCAGGUACUAUGCCGGCUAUGCGGACAAGAACUUUGGCCAAGUCAUUGACGUCGGCCCGGCCAAGUUUGCCUACACGGUCAAGGAGCCUCUCGGCGUGUGCGGCCAGAUCAUCCCCUGGAACUACCCGCUAGACAUGGCCGCCUGGAAGCUGGGUCCGGCCCUAUGCUGCGGCAACACCAUUGUCCUCAAGCUGGCCGAGCAGACGCCCCUGUCCAUGCUGUACGUGGCUAAACUCAUUAAGGAGGCCGGCUUCCCUCCUGGUGUGAUCAAUAUCAUCAACGGACACGGCAGGGAAGCGGGUUCCGCACUUGUGCAACAUCCACAGGUCGACAAGAUUGCCUUUACCGGCAGCACCGCUACGGGCAAGGAGAUCAUGAAGAUGGCUUCCUUGACUAUGAAGAACAUCACCCUUGAGACUGGCGGCAAGUCCCCAUUGAUUGUCUUUGAGGAUGCCGACCUUGAGCUAGCGGCGACAUGGUCUCACAUUGGUAUCAUGAGCAACCAGGGCCAAAUCUGCACCGCCACAUCACGCAUCCUCGUGCAUGAGAAGAUCUACGACGAGUUCGUCGAGAAGUUCAAGGCCAAGGUUCAGGAGGUUUCGGUCGUCGGCGACCCCUUCGAGGAGAGCACGUUCCAUGGACCCCAGGUCAGCAAGGCGCAGUAUGAGCGUGUUCUGGGCUAUAUCAAGGCCGGAAAGGAAGAGGGUGCCACGGUGAUGCUGGGUGGUGAGCCGGCUCCGCAGAACGGCAAGGGCUUCUAUGUGGCACCGACGGUCUUCACCAACGUCAAGCCGACCAUGAAGAUAUUCAAGGAGGAGAUUUUUGGACCCUGCGUGGCCAUCACCGCGUUCAAGUCGGAGGAGGAGGCGUUGACGCUGGCCAACGAUAGCAUGUAUGGCCUCGGAGCGGCUCUGUUCACCAAGGACUUGACUAGGGCACACAGAGUAGCGCGGGAGAUUGAGGCUGGCAUGGUCUGGGUCAACAGCAGCAAUGAUUCGGACUUUAGAAUUCCCUUUGGAGGCGUGAAGCAGUCCGGUAUUGGGAGGGAGCUGGGAGAGGCGGGUCUGGCACCUUAUUGCAAUGUCAAGAGUAUCCAUGUCAACAUGGCGGCAUGA